AAAUAAAAUCUCUGUUUCUCUCUAAACAGUGAACAAACUGUUUAUUAAUACUUAUCAGACGCCGUUUUAAAAAAAGCAAUGAAAUUUUAUUUCUAACUUACCCCAUCGAGUUCACAUUCUGAUUGUGCGAACGCAUAAUAACAAAUAACUGGAAUGCGUUUUGAAACGAUGUAGGAAAGGCUAAGCAAAAUGUUUAUUAAAUAAUAUGGCUUUAACAGAAGCUUCAAAUCUUUCUUAAAAGGCAUCGUAGCAGGACGAGUGUAUAUAGGUUAUAACUGUGAUGAACGAAACGCACUUAUUAAUUGAGCGAUUCAGCCUCGACAAAUAAUUGUCAAUCAAAUUUAUUUCCUACUUUAAGUUUACUGAUUUUUAAUGUUUCCUUAUUGUAUAACUAAGCCAGCAGGAGCUCCCAAGAUGCAGUUCCUGUUAGCAACUUGUAUUGUCGCAAGUAUCUAUUUAUCAACUUAUGGAGUAACAUUUGCCUCCAAUAACAGCAUCCCUUUGGUUGUAAUCACCUGGGAUUACCAAGAUGCUACACAAAAAGCUUGGAAUGUUCUAUACAAUGAAAAAAGAAGUGCUUUGGAUGCAAUAGAAGAGAGUUGUAGCCUCUGCGAACAACAGAGAUGUAGGAAGACAGUCGGAUAUGGAGGUAGUCCAGAUGAGUCUGGAGAAACUACAUUAGAUGCAGUAAUUAUGGAUGGAGUUACAAUGGAUGUAGGAGGUGUAGGGCUUUUGAGGAAUGUGAAGAAUGCUAUUUCUGUUGCCCGCAAGGUUCUCCAUAAUACUAAACAUUCCCUAAUCGGUGGAGAACUAGCAACAAAGUUUGCUUUGGAAAUGGGUUUCAAAACAGAAUCCUUGCAGACAGAAGAAUCCAAGAAGAUGUGGCUGGACUGGAAAGCUAACAGCUGUCAGCCUAAUUACUGGAAGAAUGUGGUACCAGAUCCAAAAAUAAGUUGUGGUCCAUAUCGUUCUGUGGACAUAGGAGAAAACUCCAUUGAAGAACACGAAUCAUAUGUAACUGAGGAGAAUCAUGAUACAAUUGGAGUUAUUGCGAUAGAUUCAAAUGGCCAUAUAGCUGCGGGUACUUCGACGAAUGGUGCUAGAAAUAAAAUUCCUGGCCGUAUUGGGGAUUCUCCAAUUGCAGGUGCAGGUGCAUACGCUGAUCAGAAAGUUGGUGCAGCUGCUGGUACUGGUGAGGGUGAUAUAAUGAUGCGAUUUUUACCCAGUUUUCUAGCCGUGGAAGAAAUGCGUCGCGGCGCCAGUCCAACCGCAGCCGCGACUACAGCAGUUCGUAGAAUUGCUGAGCAUUAUCCAACUUUCACAGGUGCAGUGAUCGCAUUGAAUAAAGACGGAGAAUAUGGGGCUGCUUGCAACGGUAUCACUCGCUUCGCGCAUUAUAUUGCUAAUCCUAAAUUAGGAAAACCAACGAUGCAAUAUGUGAACUGUAUAGAUGCUUAUUACGUCUUACAGAGUGAAAAUUACUAUAAAUUCAACGAUAGUAAACGGGGACAAAUUAUAAACGCAAAAAUGCCAGAAACAACGGAGGAGGACAUGGGGAUGUCCGUUCGUUUAACGAACGACGACUUUCGUAAAUUAUUGAUGACUCCAAGGGCAUCGGUUCCAUCAGCUACACCAGUAUCGGUACCAGGGACCGCUAGAGAUGCUAGUGCUAAAACUGCACAGACUCCUAAUGUUAGUGGCGGUAGUCGAGCAGAACUUAGGAGAAAGAAGAAAAGCUUUUAUGCCAAGUUGAAAAAGCAAGAGGAGGAUAAGAUGGCAGAGUUAGCAGAAAAGUACAGAGACAGAGCAAGAGAGCGAAGGGAUGGUACAAAUCAAGAUUACCAGGCAGAGGAUCCCAUGAACAGUGCCAGUGCGUACAGAGCGGUAGCACCAGAUCUGAAGUCAGGAAUGGAUGCUGCUGAACGCAGGAGACAAAUGAUCCAGCAAUCCAAAUUCUUGGGUGGUGACAUGGAACACACUCACUUGGUAAAAGGGUUGGAUUAUGCUCUUCUGCAGAAGGUACGCAGUGAAAUCGAAGCGAAGGAGCACGAACAAGAGCAAGAGAUGGAGAAGUUAGUGAAGCCGAAAGACAAGGUAAAGGAAAAGAAGGAGCCGGAGAAGAAGGACGACGAAAUGCAAUUUAAGACCAAGAUUGGUCGUAAUGUUUACAAGACUGUCAUGACUAUGAAGUCAAAAACGAUAGAGAGAAACGAAUUAUUCACACCUGGUCGCAUGGCUUACAUAAUAGAACUGGAUGACGAGAAUGCAGACGUAGACAUACCGACCACACUGAUCAGAAGCAAAGCAGACGUGCCUACAGUGGACAAUACACCUACUUUAACCACCAACGACAUAGUUAUAAACAAACUAGCACAGAUAUUGUCUUACCUACGACAGGGUAAUCGCCAUGGGAAGAAAGGAAAGAAGAACAAGGAUGGCAAGUCUAGGCCAGAUGACAUGAACGACAUGGACAUAGCGCCACGACCACAGGAUGAAAGUAUUUAUGGAGACAUUGGGGACUAUGUUCCUACGAUUGGCAAGAAAGAUCUAAAUCAAUCCAGGGAGAAGAAGAAAGGCUCGUACUUUGACAAACCGGAGACUAAUUUAGACACAGACGACAAUGCAAAUGCUCCUCAGUUACCGAGCGUUGCGCCUACCAAUGUGGACAGCAAUGCUCCUAAGAAAGGUGCUCUUCUGAAUAAAUUAGCAGCAGAGCCGGAAGGCUACGCUGAGUGUUACCCUGGUCUCGAUGAAAUGCAGGAUGCCAUAGAUGACUCGGAUGACGAAGUGGAUUACACUAAAAUGGAUCUCGGCAAUAAGAAAGGACCAAUCGGUAGAUGGGACUUCGACACACCUGAAGAGUACAGCGAAUACAUGAACAACAAAGAGGCACUGCCGAAAGCAGCAUUCCAAUACGGUGUGAAAAUGGCCGACGGCAGACGAACAAGGAAAUAUAAUAAAGAGAAGAACGAGAAAGCAGAGUUAGACAGAGAAUGGCAGAAGAUCCAGAACAUUAUGAACAAGAGGAAACCGAGUACCGUGUUGGAUGGCGGGUCAGAAUUUAAAGUACCCAGAUACUGAACGACAUAACCCGUUCUGCGCACUUAUUUAAUGUUUAUCACAACUUCGUUAAUGUAAUUAAAUGUACAUGUUAUAGUAUAAAAGUGCAAUUGAUUAUUCACUAUGUUAUCCCUGUACGGA